CCUCCCUCCGCGAAAGGGUGUGCGUUUUGAAGGUUGUAUUUAUCUCGCUAACAUCACAUUACAAGGAGUACACUUGCGGAGGGAUAACAUUCGAAGUCACUGUUUGAGCUAGAAAAGGGUGUGAUGGAUAAAGCCACAGCUCCUCAUACUGACUGAGUUCAAGUAAGGUCUUGUCGGGACAGGGUACGGCGCGGCGCAUACACGGAUGCGAAAGCAUGGAAUGCAGUUCAAAUAUCUAUGAUCCCCCCCACACAAUUGCAACGUGACAGUUCAAACCUUUCAUUCAAGGUCAACAUUGGACUUCGGUCAGCUAUAACCGCGGACAUUAUCGAUGAUAUUUAUAUUCUGGUGGAACAGGAAUAGAAUGAGCAGCAUCUUUUUUUUUUUUUACCGGUCGGCGGUGAGCAAUGACAUCUUUCGCGGAAGAGAUUUAACCUACGCUGUCAGUAUCUGAAGCAAGAGUUUUCAAUUCAAAGUUGAGAUAUUUAGGAGAGGGUGUGUAACUUGCUAACUAACACAGCGCCGUAGCCGUGUCUUGGGCUCUCGGUUGCCUGGACGGAUAGCUACCUACGACGUUUCCUGCUUUCGCGAACGUUGUUAGCCAGCUUGCUACAGUACCUGGAACUGCCGCAUCCAUCUCGAAUAUCCCACUAAAGUUGUCUAGCCAGCCAGUUGUCGAACAUGGAUAUGUUGUCGGUCCUUUGGAAAACCAGUUGCUAGUGAGGAAAGUGUGUUCAUUACACGCUAACUACACGAGUUCCAGCUCACCCCCCUAAAUAAUUUAAAGUUAUAAAAACGAAUUGCAACAUGUCUGUUCGCGUAGUUUUACACUCACUCACUGGCUCCAGAAGUUUUCUGGAGCGGGGACUCCUACUUCUGGUGAUGUUGAUCUUUCUGGAGGGCACCGUACUGACGCUUGGAGCUGCAAGCUCACCGGACAUCAGCGCUCAGGACAACACUGGAGGAGGACACGAUCGCCGCGACGACCACCGAGGGAUAGCAGGCAGCCACGAACAUACUAACUACACGUACACAAAAAAGGCCUUCCCCGUCCUGUCUCUAGAUUACCAUCACAUACAGGUGCCUUUCGAGAUCUCGUUGUGGGUGUUGCUGGCCUCAUUAAUGAAAUUGGGGUUCCACCUGAUCCCCCGGCUGUCCAGCAUCGUGCCCGAGUCCUGUCUGCUCAUUGUGGUGGGCCUCCUGGUCGGCGGCCUCAUCAAGCUGGCGGGCGAGGAGGUACCCCCCGUGCUGGACUCCAACCUCUUCUUCCUGUGCCUCCUCCCCCCGAUCAUCCUGGAUGCGGGCUACUUCCUGCCCAUCCGGCCCUUCAUGGAGAACAUCGGAACCAUCCUGAUGUUCGCCGUGGUCGGCACCCUGUGGAACGCCUUCUUCGUAGGGGGUCUCCUCUACGCCGUGUGCCAGAUCGAGGGCACAUACCUGAGCCAGGUGGAGCUGCUGCCCUGUCUGCUGUUCGGGAGCAUCAUCUCGGCCGUGGACCCGGUGGCCGUGCUGGCUGUGUUUGAGGAGAUCCACAUCAACGAGCUGCUGCACAUUCUGGUGUUCGGAGAGUCGCUGCUCAAUGAUGCCGUCACUGUGGUCUUAUACCACCUGUUUGAGGAGUACUCUGGCGCUGGUGAGGUAACGCCGAUGGACGUGGUCCUUGGGGUCAUCUGCUUCCUGAUUGUGUCGCUGGGCGGCAUCGCCGUGGGCGCCAUCUACGGUAUCCUGGCGGCCUUCACCUCCCGGUUCACCUCGCACACCCGCGUCAUCGAGCCCCUCUUCGUGUUCGUUUACAGCUACAUGGCCUACCUCUCGGCCGAGAUGUUCCACCUGUCUGGAAUUAUGGCGCUGAUUGCAUGCGGCGCUGUGAUGCGACCCUACGUGGAGGCCAACAUAUCCCACAAGUCCCACACCACCGUCAAGUACUUCCUGAAGAUGUGGAGCAGUGUGAGCGAGACCCUCAUCUUCAUCUUCCUGGGCGUGGCCACGGUGGCCGGGCCGCACGCCUGGAACUGGACCUUUGUCUCCGUCACCGUCAUCCUUUGUCUGGUGUCACGUGUCAUUGGCGUGGUGGGCCUUACCUUUAUCAUCAACAAGUUCCGCAUCGUCAAGCUGACCACCAAGGACCAGUUCAUUGUGGCCUACGGUGGCCUGCGAGGGGCCAUUGCCUUCUCCCUGGGCUACCUGCUAGACAAAGACCUCUUCCCCAUGAGGACCAUGUUCCUCACCGCCAUCAUCACCGAAAUCUUCUUCACCGUGUUUGUACAGGGCAUGACUAUCAAACCCCUGGUGGACCUGUUGGCCGUGAAGAAGAAGCAGGAGGCCAAGCGCUCCAUCAAUGAGGAGAUCCACACCCAGUUCCUGGACCAUCUGCUGACUGGCAUUGAGGACAUCUGUGGACACUACGGCCAUCAUCACUGGAAAGACAAGCUAAACCGCUUCAACAAGAAGUACAUAAAGAAGUGCCUGAUAGCGGGAGAGCGCUACAAGGAGCCGCAGCUCAUCGCCUUCUACCACAAGAUGGAGUUCAAGCAGGCCAUCGAGCUGGUGGAGAGCGGCGGGGGCGUCAAGCUGCCCUCCGCCAUGCCCUCGCAGGUCUCCAUGCAGAACAUCCAGCCCAAGAAGCUGCCGCCCGCUGUAGCAGAGCGGGCCCUGCCUCAGUUCACCAAGGGCCGUGAGGAGGAGAUCAGGAAGAUCCUCAGGAGUAACCUGCAGAAGACACGCCAGAGGCUGCGCUCCUACAACCGACACACUCUCGUGGCUGAUCCUUUCGAGGAUGGAUGGAACGACUUCCUCCUGAAGAAGCAGAGAAUGAUCGAGCUAGAGAAGAAGAUGACAGAGAUGAGUAACUACCUCACGGUCCCUGCCGCACCUCCCGACUCCCCCACCAUGUGCAGAGCCAGACUGGCCUCGGACCCCAACGCCUUCUACAACAUCAAGGCUUCUUCAGACGGCGUCCCCACCAUCCAGGUGGACCUGGCCUCCCCCCAGUCCCCGGACUCUGUCAACAUGCUGAACGAGUUCUCCAAGCGGGGUGCCACGGACCAGGGCCUGGGUCAGAGGGAGGGGGCCAACCGGGAUGAGGACCAAGGCCUGAUGAUGAAGCCGUCCUCAGCCAGGAAAGAGGAGAAGGGAGAGGAAGAGGGGGGAAACAAGAACCCAGGGCUGAUGAGGUGUCUGAGUGACCCGGGCCCUAGUAAUGAGGACGAGGAGGAUGAACCAUUCCUUCCCUAAAAAACAACUAGCUCCUCCCAUUGUGAGGAAUAGGGAGGGGCCUGGUUGCAGCAGCUCCUCCUCCUGAGCGGGGCACUACAGGGGAAAGGUCCCUCUCCUUUCACUCCACCAACACCUCAUUUGAGUUUGCUAUCCCAUUGGUUGAGGAACCAAUAAAGCCAAAACUGUUAAGGACUUAGGACAUAACUUGUUUUAUGAACCAAAAGAGAAAAGGAGACUAAAUAGCCAUCUUUUUUCAAUAGUUGUCAUUGCUCUUUUUUCAUUUUUUUAAGUGAUAGGAAGGAAGAUCGCCGCCUUGGGUGAUCUUGGGUUCAGGUGGGAAUUAGCCCGAAUGAUGGGGGAACAUAAUUAUGCGUUACCAAAGUUUUGGACUGGUGACAAUGUUUCACAUUUGUUUUCAUAAUGUUUACGAUCGUUCUUCUACUUUCAAGAAAAGUUAUUAUUUUUGUCACACACAGAAACUCCUUUUCACUUGGUGCAUUUGAUCACGCAAUUAACUGCUUGUUUUGAAUUUCAGGGUUAAUAUGAGACUGUUUACGUGGUUGUCUUUUGUCAUCAUUUGUCAUUCAGUUGGCCAGAGUUCUACUCGGCGUACUCUGUGCUGUACACUGGAUGUACUUCACGCUGGAUGUAAUGUCUUCACUGUGCUAAUCUCGACGGACCUCUCUCUUCACCACCUCGCCUAUGGAGACCCUAAGGCAAGCGCAGGCUUGGAAAUGUUGAGAUGCAAACCUGGCAUCGCCGCUUCAAGCGUCGCCUCUAUUUUAAUCGAACGUACGAAAUCGGCAGCAUCACCGAGACGUGUAUGCUGUGCAGUAUAAGCUCAUUUACAUAAAAGAAGGAUUGUGAUGCAACACCAAGACAUUUGUUGAUCUUGAAUGGACUUAAUCCCCCUAUAUAUAAGCCAAUCCCUAAAAUCACACCAGAUACUAUUCUCCUCCUGACACCCAGACAAAAAAGGUUUUGUAAUAUUUUAAUUUUGUGUUUUUUAGUUCAAAUAAUUUACAAAGACAAAUUUGUACGUGCGCUGUAGUGGACAUAAAGAAACGGUUGAUUAGUAAAUAUGAAAAAUGUAUAUUACAGUAAAUGGGUACAGUAGGUAAACAUAUUUGUCACAUCAUGUGGUCCUCUAAAGAGGACAUUUAUAAACAAGCUCUUAUUUAAAUGUGGGGAAAUGAUUACACUGCUCUGAAAAAUCACCAAAUUAUUUCCAAGAUAUUUACUCGAAGCAAUUUGAAUAUCAAACUCACAAAAAUUAUAAUUACACACACUUUCUUACCACAACAUAUGCUAAUUGUGCUGGCAGCCAUUUUGAAGAUCCCUGAAGAGAAAGUUAUCCACUCAUGUGAUAUCAUUGAAAACACAGAAUGUCCUCUCAGGUACAAACGGACUUAAUACAGUGGCAUGUUAAAGAGAGUGUACAAAAAUGAUUUGGUGGGUCUCAGGAGGAUAUGUUCCCUUUAAGAAAAUGCUCUACUAUGGGCCAUUUCAGAACCAUUUUGGUGUUUUCUCCGUAUUCUCUUGCCAGUAGUCGCAUCUUACAAUUCAUCUUACUUCUUAUGGGUUUGAUCUAUUCUUUACUCUUGCACCUUAUUUACAUCAGCUGUUUUGACAUUUUUAAAAGACCCUGUUCCCCAUUGGUUUUUAGCACUCCCCUUUUGAAAAAUCAUUUUGGGUUUUUGGCAUCGCUGUAAAGGAUAUGAGGUGUGAGGGGACUAUGGAUCUUUAUCGUCCAACCACCUCAAUGGCCAAUAAUAUAUAAUGUAUUUAACCCUCAUUUAUCCAGGCGAGUCUAUUAAAAACAAAUUCUUACACUCGGACUACACCGGCUGUGCAUGCGUCCACCAUCGCGCGUAUGUUGAGUUUUUGUCGAUCCACACCAGACCUGAUCAUGACACGCAGGUUAAAAUAUCAAAUCCAACUAUGUUCAUUUGGGGCAAGUCAAAACACGAAACAUUUAUGGACAUUUAGCCAGCUAGCUCUUGCUAGGUAGUUUGUCCUAGGAGAUGGACAUUUAGCCAGCUAGCUCUUGCUAGGUAGCUUGUCCUAGGAGAUGGACAUUUAGCCAGCUAACUUGUCCUAGGAGAUGGACAUUUAGCCAGCUAACUUGUCCUAGGAGAUGGACAUUUAGCCAGCUAGCUCUUGCUAGUUAGCUUGUCCUAGGAGAUGGACAUUUAGCCAGCUAGCUCUUGCUAGGUAGCUUGUCCUAGGAGAUGGACAUUUAGCCAGCUGGCUCUUGCUAGGUAGUUUGUCCUAGGAGAUGGACAUUUAGCCAGCUAGCUCUUGCUUGGUAGCUUGUCCUAGGAGAUGGACAUUGGGUUGUUAUUUUACCUGACAUGCAUAUGGUCCUAUUAUUAGCUGGUUCUUUGUAGAACUUUUGACCCGGAGUGUUUCUCUACUCCGACGUCUAAUCCGUAGAUGAAAUAGGGAAACCUAGUUAGUUUUUAGUUCGUCAUCUUUAGUGAAUCUCUCUUCGUUUUGUCUCUCAAGCUUUCGCGUGGGUUUGUGUCUUCCUGAUAUCCAAUAAGGAGGGGACUUGCAGCGCGACUCCAUUAGAACAAAGUUGUAUUUUAGCUCUUGGCUACGCAGACCCUUCGUCACACGAGCGAGCACCACAUGGCCAGUGAAUGAUGGCCUGGAGAUACAGGCUUGAGGACAUGGGUAAAACUAGCUAUUCAAUGCAGUAUAUUGGUGUAAAAUGUGCAUAGCGAUUAUUUUGAUUAUAACCAUUUUUUAAUUGAACGAUGCCCUUUAAAGCAAAUGCCAUGCUGUAAUGUCUACGCAAACGAAGAGGUCAUCGCUCCUCUGCUAACAUUGAGGUCUAUAACCAUCACGGGCAGUGCGCUAGCUAGUUGUAAGCAAAUUCACACCCGAACGCAAGAGCCAACACCUAUUCUGCUCGCACGACAGUGUAAAACUAAUCUAGGGUUUGCUUAAGACUAUGAAAACCUUGACGUGUACAGUAUAUGGUUGUAUAGGUAUUAUGUAUACAGUACAUUGCUUCUCUUUUCUACACAACGCCAUAAGAUCAAAAGGAACAAUUGAAUAAUUGAUUUGAUUUUGAUUCAAAAGACUGCUUGCUAUAUUGUCAAUGUGAUUACUGUCGCUCAUCGAUCUGAACAUCUCAAGGGGACAUUCAACCACUUUUAGGUGCAAAGUACAUUGCACCUAACAUUGAUUCAAUAGCAUAGCAACCCCUCAACCCACCUACUGUACAACCAUCUUAGAUUUGUAGCGUGAUUGACAACAUUAACUGGAGUCUGUAACUGUCUCAACUAGAGAAGCCUAAGAUGUCCAAGACCGUGGCCUAGUUUGCUGGUUGUCACCUUCCUCUCUGACCUCCGUGUAUUGUCACUUUACGCCCAUAAAGAGAGCGAGCGAGAGAGUCUUGUUACAACUGAGGAGAGGAGGGAGGAGAGAGGGGUCUCCUUACAGCUUAGGGGAGGAGAGCGAGAGGGAGGGAGAGGUGCACGGUGGUUACUGAGGUUACGGUAGAGAGGCGAACAUGAGGACGGGGUGACGACGUAAUGGUGUGCUCCUAAGAAACUGUGGCCACUCGUGCACAUAAAGUACUACAUCAUGUGUGUGUGUGCGUGGUGUUCUCCUUUCAUGUCCCCAUUCGCUCACAUGGGCAUUGAAGUGGCGGAUACUUGUAGGUUGAGUCCAGGAAGGUAAAAUAGAUCUUCACUGAAACCAAAUUGAAUGAAUGAUAUGUUGAAAUGUCAGAGCUUGUUGUCAAGGACAGGCUGCUUCGGCUGUGAGAGUUAGACGAGGACAAGGUCUUAUUGAUCAGAGAGGAGUUUAAAAUGAAGCUUUACGUAAGGAUUGACAUUUGAUACUUCCCUGGCAGAUUUUUCUCUCCACUGUAUUGUUAUUUAAACGACCAGAAAUGUAGUAUAGUAUGAACAUGGCAUUUACAAGGUUUCCGAAACAGGUUCUGUAAGUGCAGCCAUAGAAAGUCAACGUUAGCUUGGCAACUAGCCUUGGAAAUUGUUUCUAAGCCCCCCCUUUUUUUUUUGAAUAAGCCUUCAUGCUAGUGGAAGAGCAGUUUACCUCAACGCUUUCCCAUCGCUCUUUUAUUUGGCCACCACUUAAAGACCGUCAAUGGUUUCCUGCUGGAAAGGAGGAACUACUGUUAUCAUGAGUGUUCAGAAGACCGAUCUUUAAAUUUAUACUGAACAAAAAUAUAAGUGCAACAUGCAACAAUUUCAAAGAUUUUACUGAGAUACAGUUCACAUGAGGAAAUCAGUCAAUUGAAAGCAAUUCAUUAGGCUCUAAUCUAUGGAUUUCACAUGACUGGGAAUACAGAUAUGUACCUGUUGGUCACAGGAAAAAAAAUGGGCCUCAUGAUGGGCCUCAGGAAUUUGUCACCGUAUUUUCUUUGAGCAUUCAAAAUGCCAUUGAUAAAGUGCAAUUGUGUUCGUUGUCCGUAGCUUAUGCCUGCCCAUAUCAGAACCCCACCAACACCAUGGAACAUUCUGUUCACAACAUUGUCGUCAGCAAACCACUCGCCCACACAACAGCAUACAUAUGAUGUGUGGUUGUGAGGCUGGUUGGACGUACUGACAAAUUCUCUAAAACGACAUUGGAGGUGGGUUAUGGUAGAGAAAUGAACAUUCAAUUCUCUGGCAAAAGCUCUGGUGGACAUUCCUGCAGUCAGCAUGACAAUUGCACACUCCCUCAACUUGAGACAUCUGUGGCAUUGUUGUGUGACAAAACGGCACAUUUAAGAGUGGCCUUUUAUUGUCCCCUGCACAAGGUGCACUUGUGUAAUGAUCAUGCUGUUUAAUCACCUUCUUGAUAUGCCAUACCUAUCAGGUGGAUGGAUUUCCUUGGCAAAGGAGAAAUGCUCACGAACAGGGAUGUAAACUAAUAUGUGCACAAUCUUUGGCGAAAUAACCUUUUUGUGCGUAUAUAACAUUUCUGGGAUCUUUUAUUUCAGCUCAUAAGACAUUGGACCAACACUUUACAUGUUGCGUUUAUAUUUUUGUUCAGUGUAGUUGCCCGGUGCAUGUAGGCUAUCUUAAAAUCAAAAGUCAGGGUGUUUCUCACCCAACAAUAUUGUGCACCAAUGGUUUAAACACAGAUUUUUCCAUCCAAACAGUUUUUGUAUCGAAGCAAGCCCUGGUUGGUGUCUGAAAAUCAUGCAGUGUGUUUGUAACACUCUCGGCAUCGUUAUGUUUUCGUUCCUUGCAGACAACUAAAUCUCAAGCCAUACAACCUGUCUAGGGACUUUAAUAUUAAUUGGUGUAUGACAAUGCUAUGUCUGUCAUGUUGCAGCAGCCUUUGUUCAAUAUUUCCUGUAGGUAAGGAAGGUGAACAUUUAUAAGUGGCUUCGAUGUCUUGCUUCACUGAUUUCCUUAAUUGUUCAAAUGCAAAUUAAUUUUUGUUUAAUUUCUCAGCUCCACGCUGAAUAAUUUCACAUUUAAUGGAUUGUUGAAGCAAAGUCUGUAUUAAUUCUCUGGCCUCGUUUGGAAGUGUGUUCAGGAAUCACAAGGAGGAGGGUUACCCAGGACUAAGUUUGGCCAUGCUUGUGGUUCUGUCUGCGUUAUGCGUGCUUUACAUGUCUUUAUUUGUAUAAUUGCUGCUACAUGUGAUUUUUUUCCAUUCGGUUCACAUGCUUUAUUUGGGAUCCUUUGCUUUGUAUUUCUUCAUGUGUUCUAUGAUGUGUUAAUGUGCUUCAUUUUGGGUUAAUUUGCUUUAUAUUGCUUCUAGUACUUUAUAUUCGGUUCACAUGCUUUAUUUGGUUUCAUACACUUUUUUACAUUGGCUCCAUGUGCUUUAUAUUGCUUCAUGUGCUUGACAUGGGUCUAUGUGCUUUUUAAAGUCACUCCGUCUUAUGGUUGGCUACCUUACUGGAACCGAACCAGACUGACAUUAAGAGACCAAACGCUCCUUUCAUCCAAACUAGUGACGUUACAAAAUGAUUGUUCUCCUUGCAUUGAUAGGUUGGAGCACUAGAUCAUGGGUAUAAAAACAACCUCGAUAAGGACUACGAUGGUUGACGAUCUGUCAGAAGGUCAUGUUUAUUAUGGCCUGACCCGUUACUGGCUGUACUGUAAAAGAGCUUGUUUUCUUUUCUCCUGCUGAGAAUGGACAGGUGGUUGGACUCGAAUAAUUAUUCCACAGUCAUCAUUUGCAUAUGUCCAAAGGAAUUUGAUUGUCCAAAAAAACAACUUCUGAGUGAUCUCACUCCUGACGUGCACAUGUGGAUAUAACAUCUUAAUUAAACAUACUGCAGCCUGGAACAUUAUAAGCGAUCAACAAAGCAGAGCAAUGUAUGUAGACUUCCUUUCCUUACCUCUGAGUCUGUAACAAUUUGCCACACCAUAUUGAUAAAAGCACUUUAACCAAUACCUUUAACUCAAAUCACUCACGUUAAAGCAAGGAGCAAUAAGAACGGGUAUUUUGUUCACACAGGCUUUGCAUGGCUAGUGUAACACGGGAUGUAUGUGUGGCAUUAAUAGUUUACGGUAAGGUCGGGUACGAAUUUGGAUCUGUCUAUGCCACAUGCAAGACAGGGAUGCAGUCUAACUUUGACUUAAAUCAGACUAGGAUGAAUGCUUUUCUUCGUGAAUUCCCUUGCUCUACUACAGAUGGCGUCCACAGCAUGGCGAUUGUAUUUCCCACCAGCCACUCAUCUUUUUUUGUGUGUUUUUUUUUUCUUCUCGUAGAUCUGUUUUAAUGUCGGCUAAUUGAUCUCCAGUGAUUUGCAAUGUGUACUUCGCAAUAAUACAAAUGUUUUAUUUUCUAUACAAGUGAAUUCAAAUCUAAUAAGUCAAUAUGUAAUAUAAAUAUAUAAUGUUACUGUAAAAUAUCAAACUGUAUGGAAAAAUGACACUAGUGACAACUGUGUACUGUAUUGUUGGUUAGCCUAGCUUAAGCAUUCCAAACCUUGGAUUAUGAAAACAAACUAAUGCAGUAAUGUUGAAAUGAAACAAUAUACCAAAUUAAAGUUGUAAUUUAUCAAAAUA